GGUCUGCGCAAGCUGGGCCUAGACUUGGGGUUUGUUUCUAGAGCCCACUAGGAAAGGUUACUGGCAGUUUUAGAGUCUAGUGAAGCAGCUUGCGAACUGCGAAUUCUAGUAAUUAGUGGCGCAUUAACUCACUGUUGCGUAAACAUCCACCCCAUUAAAUGCAGACCUGGGGCGACGCCCACCUCGGCCUAAACCGCAGGCACCCUGUACCCGGCCCGAGUAGUUGAACUUGGGGGACCUGGCCUAUCUUCCAUAUACUCAUCCUCCAUAUUCUCAUCCACCACAGCUCACUGCAGAGCUUUUCCUCAUUUGCUACCUUCGCAACAUCUGUUUGAUUAGCUCGAGUCUCCACUACAGCACUCUUUGGGAGAUCAUUUGCAGCACGAUGCAGGGCGAGUAAUACACUGAAUCUGAAGUAUGGAUUCCAUUAAUGACCUAACGCAAACUUUGCGCUGCAGUGAUCGAUUGGCGCACUGUGCAGCAUGAUCGCUGAUCUCCGGCCAGCUUCUGUAUGUCACCGGCUCUUGUAAUUGAGGUCUUGGAGUCGGGUUUUACAAUUGCAGCACCCUCGUCAAGAACUCCGUCCUGGCGACCCUCUCUGUAGAUAGCUGAGGCCACUCAGUCUUUUAGAGGCAUUAGUCAUUCCCCUUGCUUCCUUUGCCAAAAAUUCAGUGAAUUUUUUUCGAACCACUGCUCAAAGAAAUCCCAGCGCCGGGCGCUUAUCAUUAAACAGUUAGCCUUCUUCGUACAGUGAAUAACUGGCAAGGUGCGGUGCGCAGUAUUCAUCAACGGAGAAGCUCGUAUUCGAAGGGAUUUUGAAGGUAUUUAUCAGUUGGUGGUGGAACUUCAGUGCAAGCUGGAGGACUUUUCAGCAGUUCGGUUUGUGGCGGAGCAAUUCCAGACCUGGGUCUUUAGGAUCUGGAAGCCAACAGCCGCGAUGGAGACGCAAGAACCCGACCCUGUCACAAGCUUUCACUGCAGCGAAAACUAUGACGAGGUGGAGAACUGCAGGGUGGAGGGUCGGGCAAAUCAGAGCAUUGUAUCAGAUUUGGACGGAACGCUUCUUCGGUCGCGAAGCUCCUUCCCCUAUUUCAUGCUGCUAGCCUUCGAAGCCGGUAGUCCAUUACGGUUCAUCAUUCUUCUUCUUGUCUCUCCCAUCGUUUGGUUCGUCUACAACUUCAUCUCUGAGGUAGUCGGUAUUAAGAUGCUAAUAUUCAUAUCGCUUGCGGGGCUCAAAGUGUCAGCCAUUGAGUCAGUGGCGCGUGGUGUACUGCCGAAAUUUUUCUUGGAGGACAUGCACUCCAUCAGCUACAGAGUGUUUAUUUCCUGCGAGAAACGCUACGUCGUCACAGCCAAUCCAAGGAUAAUAGUGGAGCCAUUCCUUAAGGAGUAUUUAGAUGUAGACGCUGUGAUGGGCACCGAGCUUCAAAUUUCGAGUGGGGGAUAUGCUACCGGCUUCGUCACCGGCCCUGGUGUCUUAGUGGGGACAGCGAAGCAACGAGCUGUGAAGAAAUAUUUUGGGUCCGACCAGCCGGACCUUGGCCUAGGGGACCGAACGAGCGACUUCGCAUUCAUGGACCUCUGCAAAGAGGCUUACAUAGUGCCUAGCUAUAAGGAGGUGCCGUCCGUGACGAAGAAAGACUACUUGAAGCCGUUGAUUUUCCAUGACGGAAGGCUGGUGUGUCGUCCUACGCCGCUGAUGGCGCUGGCGGUGACACUUUGGUGCCCGAUUGGCUUCGUCUUGGCCAUCAUCCGAAUGUUCAUUGGCAUAAUGUUACCAAUGUGGUGGGCUCUCCCUCUAGAAGCCAUGCUUGGCGUCACGGUCCGUAUAAAGGGAAUUCCCCCGACAUGUCCCCUUCGGAGCAAGAAACGCGGCGUGCUGUUCGUUUGUUCACAUCGCACUCUCCUGGACCCCAUUUUCUUGUCUAUAGCCGUGCGAAGGAAAGUCACGGCAGUGACGUACAGCAUCAGUCGGUUGUCGGAAGUCCUGGCUCCGAUCCGAACUGUACGUCUCACGAGAGACAGGAACACAGAUGCGAGCACUAUGGCUAGUCUCUUGGACGAGGGUGACCUCGUAGUGUGUCCUGAGGGCACCACUUGCCGCGAGCCUUAUCUUCUGCGGUUCAGUUCCUUGUUUGCAGAAUUGACUGACCAAAUCGUCCCCGUAACCAUGAACAUCAAGAUUUCAAUGUUUCAUGGGACGAGUGCUCGAGGCUGGAAGGGCAUGGAUCCGUUCUUUUUCUUUAUGAACCCCCGCCCUAAGUACGAGGUAACAUUCUUAGAUCAACUCCCGCAUCAGUUGACUUGCAAUGGCGGAAAAACUAGCCACGAGGUUGCGAAUUACAUCCAGCGUGUGUUGGCGAACUCUCUCGGAUUUCAAUGCACCAAUCUUACGCGCAAAGAUAAGUACAGGGUGUUGGCGGGGAACGAUGGAAUUGUACCAGAUCGAAGUCUGCGGCAGAGGGCCAGCAGAAUAUUUGGUUUGCAGUGACAUUAGGGUUUACUUGUAACGCCACAUGUCAAAUCGCAGCAUCGGAUGGUCCUGUACCCAAAUAAUUUCCUAGGUGGCGGAGGACCGAUUUUUUUCCUCAAAUUGUGCGGAGUUAGGGAAAACCUUCGGUCCCCAGCUAUGACCCACAUGUGCUGCGUUGUCUGCAUCCAGCCCGACCUCAACUGUGUCGAGCUUCUGCUGUUGAUUGAUUGACACCGACUAGAAACCAAAUAGUACAAUUUUAAGAGGAUAAACAUCGUGUUAUAAUUUGGAAAGUUGAACCAUACAAUUCCUUUCUAUCAGUUACAGCGUUUGACUAACUACAGAAACAGGAAGACACUGUUGGACAUUGCUCUAUCUGCGGCGGUAAAAAGGACACUGGCUGCUUUUCAGAGACGACAUAUAACUUCGGCUUAUGACUGAGUUCUUGUUGCUCCUCAAACCUUGAACUGUAGGACUGUAGCUAGUGUCUCUGCUGUCUCGCCUGUAAGCAGAAGCAUUAGGCGUUUGUAUUGUGUAUUAUUCCUACCAUUCAUUGAAGGACAUUGAUCUUCAUCAUUCAUGCAA